CUCAUCUAUGUGAAGAGAGAAAGAACCUGGAAUGGUCUUUAGGCACCACCCACCUCUGCAAAUGAAUCACUGCAGUGUCAACCCUGCACUGAUUCCAUGAAUUGCCAAACAGGAUGAGAACUUCGGGACGAUCUGCAAUAUCCUCUUUCUGGAAGCAGUUGUCUUCAUAAGCUCCAUCUUGUUCACCAAACAUGAGUGCCCGGAGCCGGAGCCGGAGCCAGAGCCAUCGAAAUUACCCCACUGAGGUGGGGGCCAUUAUUGGCCGCCUGAUCAGCAUGCAUCUUCAGGCUUCAGAUACCUAUCUCUCUCUGGGAUUUUUCUUCAAAGGUAACACAUCUGUGGAAGGCCUGGUUCACUUCUUCCGAAAUCUGUCUGAAGAGAAGCGCCAGGGUGCCUAUCUUCUGAUGCAAAGUCAGCAGAGCAGCUGUGACCUCUACUUUACUGGGCAGACACUGCCCUCCUAUCAGUGUGAUGGGAGCCUGGAUGCCAUGGAAACUUCCUUGGCCUUGGAGAAGAACCUGAAUCAAGUCCUUCUGGAUCUGCACGCCCUGGGGUUUGCUAACUCAGACCUCCAACUCUGCCACUUCUUGGAGACACACUUCUUAGAGAAGGAGGCGAAGCUCAUCGAGAAGAUUACCGACAACCUGAGGAACCUCCGCCAGCAGGCGACUGAGGUUGACAGCCUGAGUGAGUAUCUCCUCAAAAAGCUCACGUUCAAUGGUGACUAGACACUUCCUGGAGUCUAUGGCCCAUGCCUUUGCAGGGCUGCCUCUGUCUUGCUGAUAGCAGCUUCUUGCCCAGCUCAGCAUCACCCGCUAAAGCCAAACGCCAAAUGGAAACAAAAACGUUUCUUUGUGUAGACAAAAACAGCUAUAUUGGGGGUGGCAUGAAGGACUGAUUGUCUGACAGUCUCUAGCAGUGUUAAGUAAACCAUUCUUUUCUGAGUCAUCUGUAUACUAAAGAACCAAACCUGUGUUUUGCCUGACCAAAAAGCCAUAAAAUUGUAUGCAAUAUUAAUGGUGUUGUGAUUUGAACCAAUUCUGGCUGCUGGACUGCGCUCCAGAUAUAUUCUAAAAAUGUGUGAUUAAUUUUUUGCCUAGCAGCAAAGAGAACUAUCUGGACUAUAUCAUAUUAAACCUUGCCAAGUUCCCACCAAUCACCAUAUAAUCGCUGUUCCUUAUGUCCAAGUUGAUGUGAUGCCAUCCGCUUAUUCCGGGGAACCCAAGAAGAAGCAGCCCCGUGAAAGCCAUCAGGACAUUGUCAUUCUGUUGUUGCUGAGAACACGACUAUCAUACCAUGUACUGAUCUUGCCAUGAAGCUUCUCACGGAAACUUUGGAGUGGACAUAUCACUAAUUGCCUGCUGAACUGCUUAAGGCUAACUUUGCAAUCCGAAUAGAGUAAAUAAAUAAGACUGUGUAAGCAUUACCGUAUGUUACAUCUUUUACUAAUGCGUAUGUGUUAUGGGUUCUUUUAUGAUGCCACCUUAGGGUCAAU